AUCAGCUCUUCCCUAACUUGCACAAGUUCCUGGGCCUGAAAGAACUGUGUGUGAGACUAAAUGGCAAACCAAAUGUGCUCUCAGUCCUUCCUGAAGAGUUCCCAAACCUCCAUCACAUGGAGAAGUUAUCCAUCCGAACCUCCACGGAGUCUGACCUCUCCAAACUAGUUAAAUUGAUUCAGAACUCUCCAAAUCUCCAUGUUUUCCAUCUGAAAUGUGAUUUCCUUUCAAAUUGUGAGCCUCUCAUGGCUGUGCUUGCUUCCUGCAAGAAACUCAGAGAGAUUGAGUUUUCUGGACGAUGCUUUGAAGCUAUGCCCUUUGUUAACAUUUUGCCAAAUUUUAUUUCUCUGAAGAUACUGAAUCUUAAAGACCAACAAUUCCCAGAUAAGGAAACAUCAGAAAAAUUUG